AUGGCGGACGAUCAGAACGAGGGUGUCAUCCGAGCGGAGGAAAGCCAGGAUCGGCUCAUGGACAUGUCAGGUGCAAGGAAUGCACAUGCGUCGAACAAGCGCAGGCAUAGUCACCCAGAGCAAGACAAGAGCGCGAAGUUCUUGGAAAUUCCUGUCUUCGACCAAGAGAAAUUGACACCAAGUCACAACCAGGUGAAGAAGAAACUCGAUGACUUUGCAGGCGAAUGGUUCGGCCUGAGCGCAAGCCGUGGCAUCACCAAUCCUGCAUGGGGAGUCCUCAACCUGAAAGGCAACACACACCAGGCCCCAUUUGUGUGUGUGCCGCGCGGUCCAGCCGACGACAAAAAGCCUGCUCGGCCGAUGAACACCGUGUCUUUUGUGAGAGAAGUUGUCAAGAACCAUGCAGGCGCCAGCUACGAAGACCCAAGUCUCAUCCUCAGCAUCACAGGUGGUGCCGACAGCCUCCACUUGCCCCCACGCAUGGAGCGUGCGCUGACGCAGGGCAUUCAGCAGGCUGCCCUUCGCACCAAGGCCUGGGUUGUUUCCGGUGGCACCAACGUCGGCGUCAUGCGCCUGACCGGUUCCAUCAUGCAGUCAACUCCACGCCGACAGGGAGACUUCAAGCCACCCACCAUCGGCAUUGCAACCUAUGGCGUUAUCCGCGAUCAUGACUUACUGCAUCCGGACGACAGGUCCGUGCGUUCGUCGAAGAGGAAGGAGAAACAGCAGCAGGCACAGCCAAACUCUGCGCCGACAACCCACGCUCCGCCAACAGCCAACGCCGAUUCAACCAGAAGCGCCACAGCCGCCCCCAACGAAUUUGCUGAGACAGAGUUUGCUGAGACAGAGUUUGGAGAUUCAGCGUAUGGGUUCAACGAUGAAGAGGGCGGCAAACCUACCGCUGCCAGCAGUGUGGCCCAAGCUGAUGCCAACGAGAAGAAGCAGCAACCACACGGCGGGCAAGCUCCUCCUGGCCGCCCCAAAUACAACACAUUGUUCGACAAGGAUGAUGUUCAGCCCGUUCCGCUGGAUCCAAACCACGACUUCUUCAUUCUGGUUGACGAUGGCACCGACAAUAAGUUUGGCGGCGAGAUUGAGUUCCGCGCAGAGUUCGAGAAGGCUGCAAAAGGCCGCUUCGACUGUCCCGUGGUCACGGUGGUGAUCCAAGGUGGGCCUGGUACCCUGAAUACAGCCCUCGAAUCAGUUCGAGCGCAGACGCCGAUUGUGGUCGUGGAGGAAUCCGGCCAGACUGCGGACGUCCUCGCCUACGCUUACAACUUCAUGCACAGCCAACUGUAUCGACACACGAGCUACACUCUCAACGCCCUGAGGGAAAUGAUCAAGAAGGCAUUCAAAAUCGGAGAAACCAAGAAAGUGAACACGUUUCUCGAAAAAGUGCUGGAAUGCGUCCAGCACCCAGGCCUCGUGGUUGUGUACAACCCAAACACCAGUGGCCUCGAUGCUUUCGACAAGGCCAUUCUGCAGGCCGUGUUCAAGACAGAGAAUGCAAGCCUUCUCAACAAACUCAAGCAAGCAAUGUUCUUUGACAACAUCGACAUUGCCCGCAACGCGCUCCACACUGCAACUGAGGCUGAAGUCGAGGAAUGCAUCAACGACAACCUCCUGUAUGCUUUGCAACACAACAAGCCCGACUUUGUGGAGCUUUACCUGUCGCAUGGCGCUCAUUUCUGUGACAUGCAGCUCCCGUCCGAGCACCGAAACCUGGAGAAUGCACCUGAAAGCUACAAGGACGCGAAGCGCCCUUCCACAACGUCAUCAAGUGGGAAGCGCCAACCAUCCCAAGGCACUCAGCAGAACCAGCAGCAGCAACGAGAAGAGAAGACGGGGGAAUCAGAAGAACAGUCCGAGCAACAGGCCCUCGUGUGGCCGCAUGACUUCCAGUUUGUGGUCAAGACGCUGUACGAGAGAUAUAAUUUUUUUUAG